AAAUGGAGGCGGGGCCUGCUCCUGAACCUGAUGUUGACGUUGAUCAGCCUGAUGGUGAUCAGGCUGAGGUUAUCGAUGACUCCGAUACGGACGAUGUGAGGCCCAGUGAGAUUUUCCAACAAACUGCUUUCAAUCCUGAUUACGAGCACACUUAUGGUCGUCGCACAUUCGUGGAAAUUACCAAUCCUGAUGAAAUGGCGGCCACUUACACAAUUGGCCAGAGUGGUACCAGGCAACUGAUUUACCGAAAAUACAAAUACAACCUGAACACGACCAGACAAAGUGAACGCAAAAAAUCUUACUGGGUUUGUUCGUUUGCCUCAAGGUUCAAGUGCAGGGCGACCAUCCACACCCUGGACCACAAGAUAAUAAGAAUCAGCAAGACUCAUAACCACGAGCCCAUCCUUAAAAGAAAUAUUAAAUAUGUUUAAUUAGAAUAAG